AUGUUCACUGUCUUCUUUGUCAUUUACCUUCUGACUCUUAUUGGAAAUAUAUUGAUAAUCUUGGUGGUGUGUUAUCACAUUAAUCUUCAUACACCAAUGUAUUUUUUUAUCACCAAUCUGUCUUUCCUGGAGAUAUGGUACGUGUCCACUACAACACCUAAUCUUCUUGCCAUGUUGGUAACCAAAAACAAGAGAAUCCCCUUCCGAUGGUGCUUUGUUCAGCUCUACAUGUUUCAUACUUUGGGGAUUACAGAGUGCAACUUAUUGGCAAUCAUGGCCAUUGACCGCUAUGUGGCCAUCUGCAAACCACUUAGGUACAAAACAAUAAUGAACAUAAAUGUAUGUAUAUACUUGGCCUCCAUGUGCUGGAUCUUGGGAUUCCUAAUGGCAAUAAUUCCUACAACACUAACGUCACAAGUUCCAUUUUGUGGAAGAUACAUUCUUAACCAUUACUUCUGUGAUCUGGCUCCUUUACUAAGUCUAUCUUGUGGUGAUAUAACCCUUACAGUCACUAUAAAUCGUUGUGUUGGAGGCUUUGCCACCAUGUUCAACCUGGCAAUAGUUAUUGCAAUGUACAUCAAUAUCAUCAUUGCAAUUAUGAAGAUAAAGACCAAUACAGGGCAAACGAAGGCAUUCUCAACUUGCUCUUCACACCUGACUGUGGUGACUCUUUUCUAUGGUGCAGCCUGUAUUGUGUACGCUAGUCCCAAAGAAGUUCAUUUAGGGGAUUUUGACAAAAUAUUUGCCAUUGUAUAUGCUAUGUUAACACCUUUUCUCAAUCCCAUUAUAUAUAGUUUGAGGAAUCAAGAAGUAUUAUCAGGUUUAAGAAGAGGGAUUCAAAAGAUUACUAUUCUAAUCUAUGGGUAA